ACAGUUGCGCGCGGUUGAGAUUCGUGCGGACAACAUUUGCAUUUCUUUGCGCUUCCAGAGAGAACCAUGGUCAGACUAAGAUUACCAAUCCCGUAUCACAAAGCAGUUCGUUUGAUUCUGCCAUGCGGUCUUUUGCUCGCCGGAAUAACAAUAUUUAUUGGCGGUUUAGUAAGGACACACAAUAUAACUGGGGCUAUGCCCAAAACAGUCACGGAGAGAAGAAUGGUAAAGACGCAAAAUGAUUACUUGGAGUGGUGGGUUGGCUUGCCGGUGAUAGUAUGUGCGAUCAUAGCAAUAUGUUCCGUUUUUGUGGAUAAACCUUUGCUGUUCAAAUUUUCUGUGUUAACAAUGGGGACAUGUUUUGUGGUACUGCUAUAUUCCCUGUCGUGGGACAUAGGAGAAUUCUCAUGGGUAUCUCGUGAUAUGAGCUACUACAGGGAGUUAAAAUCUGAAGGCUUUGACUGUUCUACAAAAGAACAUAAAUUCAACUACAGUGGGCAUCCCUUUAUUUGGCGAGAAUGCGCGUGCGCAAAAGGCACACUACACGAAUUUGGCUUAUUUACUCCAUACUCGUGUGAAAUACUCAAAUCUACGUACUAUCUGACCGUCAUCAUGGGUUUUGCUCUUGCCUCUGCCAUUGGACUGGCUUUGUUUACACUGUCUUCUUUUGUAUUAAUUCUUAAAAGGAUUUCCCAGAUAACCACAGCACUUCAUCUGGACGAAAAGCCACUAAGUGAAGACUUUAGCGAGAUUCGUGGAGAUCUGUAUAUUGAAUCAUAAACAAUUUCAAGUGGAAACUUCACCUAUAUCUUAACUGUAAUUUAAAGUGUUAGUCCUAAAAUACGUGUAAAGCCAAUAAUUAUAUAUCCUUGAACAUC